AACAUUGGUAUCAUCUUGUCAAAAUCGUCUUUUGGGAAGCGUCCACCCAACUGAAGGACACCCGGCACAGCUCUGCCCGCAUCGUGAUCGCCUUCUGGUGGAUGGCGAACGUGAUCCUGCUCACGGCCCUGACGGGCAACAUGAAGGCCAACCUCAUGGUCCGCACGGAGGGCGAAAGGGUGGACAGCAUCGCAGACGUGGCCGCCAAGCCCCACCUCACGCCGGUCCUCUGGAAAGGGACCGCCUACGAGAGCCUCUUCAGGACAGCCUCCCUGGAAGUAUACCGGUCCGUGUACCGCAAGGUUGUGCAGAACAACGGAAGUCGACCCGGCAGCCAGCUGUAUUCAGCGGAGACGCUGCGUCAAGUGCUCGCUGGUCGAGCGGUGAUCAUCAACGAGCAGCCGUCCAUGGUUUCUACUUCGCCCGCCGGCCCGUGCUGA